AUGUCUGGUUUGAAGAACUCCCCGUUCGGGAAACGCCUCCGAGGCGGCGAUGAAGACUCCCCGCGAAAGCAUCGCCCGCGGUUCACGCCCGCGUUCGGUGUUGCGGCUGGAUCUACCCCCUCGCUCGACUCGCGCCCAACAACCAGCGACGACGCGACCCCAGAGAGCCCAGAACGCGUGCAUCGCGACUAUGGAGAUCGGUUCGUCCCGACGCGCGACGCGGGGGACAUGCGCACGACCUACCACCUCAUGGAUGGAGCCACUCCCUCCACUCCCUCGAAGAACCGCAUCAUCCCCACCGAAUCCGACGCGCUCAAGGAACAAGCCAACGCGAUCUUCAAUUCCAUAUUGCACACCGAAGUUACCCCGUCGUCGCCUCAACGCGCCGGAUCGCCCGUCCGUCAACCAGCCGCCUCAACAUCUACGCUUCCAACGACGCCCACUCGUCGACGGCUCUUCGCUUUCAACUCACCCUCCCGCUCGAACCCUGCCACUCCCUCGCGGCGCCUGGAUUUACCUACCGACGAAGCGUAUUCAAUGAGUCCCGUGCGAGCGGAAAGCCGCCACUUACUGGAAAGCCCCAGGCGGCAACUACGCAGUGUGUGCAAGACACCAUAUCGUGUUCUCGACGCGCCGGAGCUUGCCGAUGAUUUCUACCUCAACCUUGUGGACUGGUCGAGUACCAACGUACUCGGGGUUGGGCUUGGGGCGUGCGUAUAUCUAUGGACGGCUCACACGGCGCAAGUAUCCAAGCUCUGCGAUCUCGGUAACGUCCACGACACCAUCAGCUCGGUGUCCUGGGUGCAGAAGGGUACAUCGCUUGCAGUGGGUACACUGUCCGGUCGCCUACACAUCUACGACGCGAACACUCUCCAAAUUACGCGAACAUACGAGCGCGCACACACGCAACGAAUAGGUGCCCUCUCUUGGAACUCCCACAUUCUGUCAUCCGGCUCGCGCGACCGGAUGGUCCACCACCGUGAUGUACGAGAGGCCAGCACCCGCCCGUUCAAGAAGUGCCAGGGGCACAAGCAAGAGGUGUGCGGACUACGAUGGAGUGGCGACGGCGGGGCACAAUCUGCGACGUUGGCAAGCGGCGGCAAUGAUAACAAGGUCUGUAUCUGGGACCUCCGAGGAUCCAAGAGGCCUGGCGGUCUCGGGACGCCCGGACGCGUAGGGAACGUGCCCGGGGGCUCCAGUGCCGCGGGUGCGGACGACGGGGAUAUCCCGCUCUGGAAGUUCCACGAACAUACCGCUGCGGUCAAGGCGCUCGCUUGGGACCCCCAUGUGUCCGGCGUCUUGGCUACCGGCGGCGGUACUGCAGACAAGCACAUACGGUUUUGGAACGUCCAGACCGGGUCGAUGCUACAUGAACUGGACACUGGCAGCCAGGUGUGCAAUCUCACAUGGUCACUCACCUCGCAUGAGAUCGUGUCUACACACGGUUUCUCGUCGACCACCGCGCAGAACCAGAUAUGCAUCUGGAAGUACCCGUCACUGGACAUGGUUGCCUCUCUGACGGGCCACACGCACCGGGUGCUCUAUCUCGCGAUGAGCCCGGAUGGGGAGACCAUCGUGACCGGCGCAGGGGACGAAACGCUGCGUUUCUGGAACGCCUUCCCCAAGAAAGAGAACCACGAAGCUCGACGGGAGAGUCGGCUCGAUUACGGCCGGCUCAUUCGUUGAUUUUCUCUCCUUCCGCGGAUCACUAUCAUUAUUGCGUUAUUGUCUAGCGCUGCACCUCACCCUUCAUCGGUCUGUCGGCUGUGCCGGUAGCUCUCCCAUUGUCUCCCCCGCUGUCCCCUACGACGUCGUACCGCUGCGCGUGCGGCGGACGGGCUGUCGACCGCUUUACUGUAUCAUCUUGUAGUGCUUUUGGCUUUCGCCGCCGUCGGUCCUUCAGUUCGCUGCUCGUGUUUCGUAGAUUACGCUGCCAUCUAGUUGCUCACGGACGCUCUCAUACCAUUCAUCCUGGCUCUGAAGCCUCUCGCACACCUACCCGCUCCAUUCACCUCCAUCCGCACAUACUAUCGCC